UAAAGACAUAAAAAACUGCCCGUUUUUAAAAUGAGAAUAAAAUUUUUAGGUUUGUGUAUGUCAGUUAAAUUUUUGUAGUGUAUAGUAUCAUAUUGUUUGUUAAGUUCUGACGUGAAUUUAUGUUCACAAUACUAAGUAGUAUUAUUAUUAAUACUCCGUUUAGUAAACUAUCCUUUAGUAAUUAUUAAUGAACAAUUAUUAAACAUUUUUGAGUUAUAAUUGUGAAAUUAUGGAAUUAAAUAGAAGUGAGUUCAUUUCUAUAGUUAUUCGUAUGACUUUAUUGUCUACUUGUGCAUAUUUUGGUACCAAAUGGUUAAUAGGGCAGCUGGAUCCAACUAAUCUACAGAAAAAAAAAUCUAAGCAAACGGCAUUCAUAAAAUUUAAAAAGCUCGGUUUGGAAGUAAAAAAUUUAACAGAUCACGAGUUGAUGAUUGCUAGUCAUCUUGUGAAUCCAAACGAUAUUAAUGUGUCAUGGAAUAACAUAGCUGGUCUUGGUCAAGUAAUAGAUGAAAUUAAAGAAACUGUGAUAUUUCCUGUUCAACGUAAAGAAUUGCUAAGAAAUUCUGUGUUAACUAAACCACCGAAAGGCGUUUUACUUUAUGGACCUCCAGGUUGUGGCAAAACUAUGAUUGCAAAAGCUACUGCUCGUGAUGCUGGUAUGAAUUUCUUGUAUUUAGAUGUUUCAUUGUUGACUGAUAAAUGGUACGGAGAAAGUCAAAAAUUAGCAGGAGCUGUCUUUAGUUUAGCACAAAAGCUUCAACCAUGUAUAAUAUUUAUUGAUGAAAUUGACUCAUUUCUUAGAUCAAGAACUCAAAAUGACCACGAAGCAACAGCUAUGAUGAAAGCACAAUUUAUGAUGUUGUGGGAUGGUUUAUCUACAGAUCCUGAUUGCACAGUAAUAGUUAUGGGAGCUACAAAUAGACCUAGGGAUUUAGACCCAGCUAUACUUAGGCGGAUGCCAGCCACUUUUGAAAUCUCUUUGCCAGAUGAACAACAAAGAAAAGAAAUACUUUCUUUAGUUUUAAGUUCAGAGGAAUGCGAUAGAGAUGUGGACUUACAUAAAUUAGCUAUUAACACUAGUGGAUUCUCAGGCUCAGAUCUACAAGAACUUUGUCGCAUUGCAUCCUUAUUACGUAUAAGAGAUUUAAUUAAAGCUGAAGAUUUAAAAAAAAGUGCAAGUCUUCCAGUCUCUCAAUCAUCUUUAGAGACCAGUUCAAGUUUACGACCUAUAAAGAUGGAUGACUUGGUUACAUCAGUUGCUAAAAUGAAAGCUUCAAAAGUAAUGUCUACUGCACAAUCACGGUUACCUUAAAAGAAAAUAAUAGUAGUUUGAUCAAGAGAUCAAUAAUUAUUUAAAUCUUUGGUACAUUUGGUUGGUGUUGAACAGAUAUUAACUAUUUUUACCAAGGUUAAUGUAGACUGAUUUAAGAAAAUAUUUGUUGAAUUUUUUCUUUAUAAUUGCUUAAAAAUAAAAAUUCAUAAAUGUAUUGUUACAUUGAGGUGGAUUAAUUACAAUAAUAGACAAAAAAGAAUUUCAAUAUAUUAACUGUUGGUAAUUUUUUUUAAUUUAUGUAGUUAAGGUAAUCCUAUACUUAUUUAAUUAUAAAAUUUUUAAUUUUCAACAUGAACUUUAUUGAAUUCCUUAAAAUAUUAUCUUGACUCAAAAACCAAAAAUUAAGAACUUCGUUUUGAUUAAUUCAUACAUCAAUAUUUAAAGAAGUAUUUGUAUUUGUUGAAUAAUUGUUAACUUAGACAUAAUUUUUUUAAUACUUAAUAAUUGUUAAAAUCUAAUUAUUGAAUCUUAUAAAAGAUUAAGUCAUUAAAUUUUUAAAUCUUAAAUGUUAAUAUUUCUUGUUAAUGUAUUUCAAGUUAUUUUUUAAUACUUUUAAGUAUUAAAUAUUUAAAAUAUGGAUAUACUGUUGUUAAUUAAUUGUAAAUAAUAAAAUUGCAUGACAAAAAAAUCUAGCUUAUCUUAUUAUAUUAUAGAUUACCAUUUGUAUUUGACAGUGUUUAUGGAAUUAAAAUAAAUGUUCCAUUUAAAAUGCUUACUUAUUAGAAUUAAACACAAGAGAAAAAAAUUCAAUAACCCUUAUUGAAUUUUUAAAAUUCAUUGUUUACAAUUGUGAUUUUUGGAAUAAUGAUUAUAGAAUAUUUGAAUAUAAAUAGUAUGUAAAUAGUCUAUUUGUAAGUCGCAUACUUUUCUGAGAUAAUCGUAAUAAUUUAUAUUAAUACAGUAUGGAAUUGUUAAUAGAAAAAACAAUCAUAAUUUCAAGAAAUUUGUUCUUAUUGAAAACAGAUCAAAAUUUUAUAUUGUUUACACUUAUCAAUCUUAUUAAAUAUUGAACUCAACUCGAUAUGGUGAGGUCUUUAUAAAGUCGUCAACUUUUCCAUUAUUAUACAUUUAAAAUAUGUGUUUUGGGUUACAUAUGUUACAAUGUAAAUUACAUCAUUUACAAAAAUAUUAUUUCAAUUUAAAGAUAUAUAGUUUUUACUAACUUAUCACUGAAAUUACAUGAUUUUUAAUUACUAUUGUGGUAUUUAAUACCUUAUUAUAUAGAUAAAAUUAAGAAAUUUCUUGAUAAAUACAAAAACUUGAAUAGAACAAUACAUUUUAAUUUUAAAAAUUUGUACACUUGUUAUGAAACAUUAAAAAAUGUUGAAAUUAUUUAACUUUUAACUAAUAUAUUAAAUGUAUUUAUUUAAAAUAAAUUUUUUUAUUAAU